UCCCCCUCCCCCGCCCUCUCCCCGCCCGGCCGGCCUCGCUCUCUUUUCCUUUCGCAGCAAUGGCGGCGACGGCGGAGCAGGAGCAGCAGCAGUUCUACCUUCUCCUGGGCAAUCUGCUCAGCCCGGACAAUGCGGUCCGCAAGCAGGCCGAGGAGACAUAUGAAAAUAUUCCAGGUCAAUCUAAGAUCACAUUCCUCCUACAAGCAAUCAGGAAUACUGCUGCUGCUGAGGAGGCUAGACAAAUGGCAGCUGUCCUUCUACGACGUCUUUUGUCUUCUGCUUUUGAAGAAGUUUAUCCAGCUCUCUCACCUGAUGAUCAGACCUCUAUCAAAAGUGGACUGCUGUUGAUUAUUCAGUUGGAAACACAGUCCAGUAUGAGGAAAAAAAUCUGUGACAUUGUUGCUGAGUUGGCGAGGAACUUAAUAGAUGAAGAUGGCAACAACCAGUGGCCAGAAGUUCUGAAAUUCUUAUUUGACUCUGUCAGCUCUCAGAAUGUGGGACUGCGUGAAGCUGCUUUACAUAUUUUCUGGAAUUUUCCUGGGAUUUUUGGGAAUCAGCAGCAACAUUAUUUGGAGGUCAUUAAACGGAUGUUAGUUCAGUGUAUGCAAGAUCAAGAGCAUCCAUCAAUCAAGACACUGUCUGCUAGAGCUGCAGCUGCAUUUGUUCUUGCUAAUGAGCACAAUCUUCCCCUUCUUAAACAUUUUGCAGACUUGCUACCUGGAAUCUUACAGGCUGUAAAUGAUUCCUGCUACCAAAACGAUGACUCUGUCCUGAAGUCCCUUGUAGAAAUUGCAGAUUCUGUUCCCAAGUAUUUACGACCACAUUUAGAAUCUACGUUGCAACUAAGUCUUAAGUUGUGCGCAGAUGCCAAUCUCAGUAACAUGCAGCGUCAAUUGGCACUUGAAGUAAUUGUGACCUUGUCAGAAACUGCUGCUGCUAUGCUGAGGAGACACACAAACAUUGUUGCACAAGCCAUUCCUCAAAUGUUAGCAAUGAUGGUUGACUUAGAAGAAGAUGAAGACUGGGCAAAUGCAGAUGAACUUGAAGAUGAUGAUUUUGACAGCAAUGCAGUUGCUGGUGAGAGUGCAUUGGACAGGAUGGCAUGUGGCCUUGGAGGAAAACUUGUUUUACCUAUGAUUAAAGAACAUAUUAUGCAAAUGCUUCAGAAUCCUGACUGGAAAUACAGGCAUGCUGGCUUGAUGGCACUCUCAGCCAUUGGGGAAGGUUGCCACCAACAGAUGGAAGGAAUUUUGAAUGAGAUAGUUAAUUUUGUUUUGCUAUUCCUUCAGGAUCCUCAUCCAAGGGUAAGAUAUGCAGCUUGUAAUGCUAUUGGACAAAUGGCAACAGACUUCGCACCUGGUUUCCAAAAGAAAUUUCAUGAGAAGGUGAUAGCAGCUCUUCUGCAAACCAUGGAAGAUCAAGGCAACCAGCGUGUUCAAGCCCAUGCGGCUGCAGCACUCAUAAACUUCACUGAAGAUUGUCCCAAGUCACUGCUUAUUCCAUAUUUGGAUAACCUAGUGAAGCAUCUUCAUUCCACUAUGGUGAUAAAAUUACAAGAGUUGAUACAGAAAGGUACUAAGCUAGUUUUGGAGCAAGUUGUGACUUCGAUUGCAUCAGUUGCAGAUACAGCAGAGGAGAAGUUUGUUCCCUACUAUGACUUAUUUAUGCCCUCUUUAAAACAUAUUGUUGAGAAUGCUGUUCAGAAGGAACUAAGACUUUUACGAGGAAAAACUAUUGAAUGCAUCAGUCUAAUUGGUCUUGCUGUUGGUAAAGAAAAGUUUAUGCAGGAUGCCUCAGAUGUCAUGCAGCUGCUGCUGAAGACACAGACAGACUUCAGUGAUCUAGAAGAUGAUGAUCCGCAGAUUUCUUAUAUGAUCUCAGCGUGGGCCAGAAUGUGUAAAAUUCUUGGAAAGGAAUUUCAGCAGUACCUUCCUGUUGUCAUGGGACCUUUAAUGAAGACGGCAUCUAUUAAACCUGAAGUAGCCCUUUUAGACACACAAGAUAUGGAGAAUAUGAGUGAUGAUGAUGGUUGGGAAUUUGUAAACCUAGGAGAUCAGCAAAGUUUUGGAAUUAAAACUGCAGGCCUUGAAGAAAAAGCAACUGCAUGCCAGAUGCUGGUUUGCUAUGCAAAAGAGCUAAAAGAAGGAUUUGUGGAGUACACAGAGCAAGUUGUAAAGCUGAUGGUUCCCUUGUUGAAGUUCUAUUUCCAUGAUGGUGUUCGGGUGGCAGCAGCAGAGUCAAUGCCCCUCCUUCUUGAAUGUGCUAGAGUUCGUGGGCCAGAGUACCUCACACAGAUGUGGCACUUCAUGUGUGAUGCACUCAUCAAAGCCAUUGGGACAGAACCAGAUUCAGAUGUUCUCUCAGAAAUAAUGCAUUCUUUUGCAAAGUGCAUUGAGGUAAUGGGAGAUGGAUGCCUUAACAAUGAACACUUUGAAGAACUUGGAGGAAUAUUAAAAGGAAAACUAGAAGAGCACUUUAAAAAUCAAGAAUUAAGACAGGUGAAAAGACAGGAUGAAGACUAUGAUGAACAAGUUGAAGAGUCAUUACAAGAUGAAGAUGAUAGUGAUGUUUAUAUUUUGACUAAAGUGUCGGACAUUUUGCACUCGAUAUUCAGCAGUUAUAAGGAGAAGGUGUUGCCAUGGUUUGAAAGGUUAUUACCACUAAUUGUCAACCUAAUUUGUCCACACAGGCCGUGGCCAGAUAGACAGUGGGGUUUAUGCAUUUUUGAUGACAUUGUAGAGCAUUGCAGUCCCUCCUCAUUCAAAUAUGCUGAAUACUUCCUGAGGCCAAUGCUACAGUCAAUAUGUGACAACAGCCCAGAGGUUAGGCAAGCAGCUGCUUAUGGUGUUGGAGUUAUGGCACAAUUUGGUGGGGACAGCUAUCGUCCUUUUUGUACAGAGGCGCUUCCAUUGCUGGUGAGAGUUAUUCAGUCACCAGAUGCCAAAACCAAAGAGAACGUCAACGCAACAGAGAACUGCAUUUCAGCUGUAGGAAAGAUAAUGAAAUUCAAGCCUGACUGCGUAAAUGUUGAGGAAGUCCUGCCACACUGGUUAUCAUGGCUUCCCCUUCAUGAAGAUAAAGAGGAAGCUGUUCAUACUUUCAGUUAUCUGUGUGAUUUAAUUGAGAGCAACAACGCAGUUGUCCUCGGUCCCAACAACUCUAAUCUUCCCAGAAUAUUCAGUAUAAUUGCGGAUGGUGAAAUUCAUGAAGCUAUUAAACAUGAAGAUCCAUGUACCAAGCGAUUGGCUAAUGUUGUUCGCCAAGUGCAGACAUCUGGAGGACUGUGGACAGAAUGCAUAUCACAGCUCAAUGCAGAUCAACAGGCAGCCAUACAGGAGCUCCUGAACUCUGCUUGAAGGGCCUUAAUUAUCAUCUGCAAGAAAACUAACUCCAAAUAAACGUUUACCCUAUUGUUUAGGUUUCUUUGUUUCUUUCUUGAGUAAAACAGAACUGUAGUGCGUGUAGGCCAUUCUUCUGCAACCUACAGGCAGUGGCAGCAGGAAGAAGCAUUCUCUCAGAAUGGUGUUUAAAUCGGUUUCUAUCCCACAACACUGAAGAAGUUUCCUGUAAACCCUACAAUAGCACUGAAGAAUAUUUUUCUAACGGUAUAAGCCAUCCAUAUGAUGGUGAAAGGGAAACAAGUUGAAUUUUCUCAUUAGACAUAAUGAAUUAAGAAACAGCUUUAAGACCUUGUAUUCAGCCGUAGAUGUACGUUAUAACAGAUAAAAAAGAAAAAAAAACCCUCUACAUCUAGUGUUAAUUGUAUUAAUUGGAGUGUGAGUCUUUGUAGGGUAGAAAGUGUCCUUCUGCCCAGCAAGUUAGUAGAUCAAAAGAUGAAAAACUGAAGACAAAAACAUCAAGCAUGAAGACCUCAUUGACUGCACUUUCAGAUUCCCCAAAACAACUUGUACAGUGACUCAAUGAGGAAAGCUGUUCAGCUUCCAGCCCUUGAAUGUGAAGUCUCUUUGGCAUGUCUGACAGUAUCUUAUUCACUCCUCAAUAAAUGACAUUGAAACACAAGAAGCUUGUGUAGAAGUUCAGUGAUGUGUGGUUCUUUUAAUUUCCUCUUGUGAAAAGAUGCAAGUAACAAACUAUAUGAGUCCUAAUUUUAUAUUUGAAACUUUGUAUAUUGUUGCCUAUUACAGAUUUUAUGCAUUUUUUCUUGACUUUUUAACAAUUUUUCACCCAAAUGUGUACAAUUGAAGUUCAGUGGCAUUACUCUGAUGACAGUAAAUUUACAUAUCUUGACUUAACUGUUUUUCAUAUUCAGAUGCAAUUGCAUUUCAUAACUUAUAAAAUGUAGUGUUGCUCCAGCUGCAAGUGUGUAACAGGUCUGGCAGCCAGUGAUAACAUUACAGCAGUAUGUGUUUUAUUUAAAACAGUUAGAUAUAAUUGAUAGCUUGACCUGAAACAGUCAAAAAAACUGUUUCAGGUUUCUUUUUGCUGAUCCAACAGCAAUACACCAUUUACCAGCUAACAAAGUUUUCCUAAUGUAUCUGAUUUCUCACAAAGUUCAGUGUGAAGUUUUCACGUUUAUAUUACUUUGAAGAUGUUAAUAUAAGCAUUGAGGUAGAAAAAGACUUCAGUAAUGAACUGAAGCUUAGUCUUGAAACAGAUUUUUUUGAAAGAGAGUUGGAAUUUUUUCCUUUAUAACAAGAAAAAAUAGAACUUCACACACAAAUUCCUUUCCAAUGUCAAAGUAAUCUGAGCUUUGUUCUUAAAAAAUGAUGCUCAAAUAAAACAAUAUAAAAUGAGGUGUAUUAAAGUAAAAAUGUUGUCCAACAACAUGAUAACCAAAUGUUUCCCUGAUAUAAAAUGCCUUAAUCAUAUGGAGUAACGUUACAGUUUGUUUAGAGGCAGCUGAAAUUGUCAGUAUGACAAAAGCUUCUACUGCUCUAGCUCCUACUUUGUUAAUCCUGUAUUUGUACAAGUUUGAGCAGUCAUACUUGUGGAAAAUGAAUUCCUAAAGAUUACAUAUCAGUACUAUGAGAGAAUUAGUAAGUCAGGUCAGUUAUCUCAAGCACAGAUACCUGACUACAAAAAUAGUUGGGUUAUUUCAUGUCCUUGGCCUUUCCUGUAUUUUUGAAAUAUUUAGUUCCUAUAUUCCUUUACUUCCCCGCAGUUUAAAACACUUUAAAACACUGCUUGCUUUUUGCUUGCUCUGGGCUUAGAUUUUUUUUUUGUUUUUCUUUUCUGUUGGACUACUACUAUGUGGAGAAAAUAGUAGCACAUUUGGUAUUACCACUGAAACUGCAUUGACUUGGCUCUCUUUAGCACAAGAGAGCAGCAUUCUAGUUGCUGUCCUAAUAGGCUAACCUUAGUCUUUUCUUUUUCCCUCCAGUCCAAGUAUAGGAGACCAGACAGGACCAGGAGACAGGAUUGCUCUAUAUGCCAGAGCCAGUGAAGGGCAACUUUGCACAGUUGCUUCUGCCUUGUUAACUAUUAUUUUGUCAGAAAAGGGGCAUUGAAUUAGUCAAUAUGCCAGACAGACAGGUCUAUUCUACUGAGUACCUGGAUUUCAUGUCUUGCCUGUCCUCUCUGAACUUGCCAGGGUUAAUUCAAAAGUUUCUCUAGUGCUCUUUUCAAUUCACAUAAACUUUAAAAACUCUAGACUUCAUCUAUUUCAGUUAUCUGAAUCACUAAUCUUAGCUAUUCAAGUUCCUUAUUUGAUGCUUAUGGGAGUAGAAAAUUAUUGAAGCCUUAAAACAUUCUCGAUCUUCCACAAGUGCAGGAGUACUAUUGCUGAAACAAAAAUUCUUCUGAGUGGCUUUAUCUGCAACUCUCAAAAGUUAAAAAGCCAUCCUUGGGAAGGACUUGAAGGACUCUACCUAUAGAGCAAGUGAUUACUGAUAGGGGAAGGAGAGCAAGUGAUUACUGAUAGGGGAAGGGUGAUAAUUUUUUCCAAACAGUUUUCUUCAGUGUAGGGUUCUAAAUCAUGCUUUAUCAAAAUAUCUAGCUAUUGCAUUUAGUAAGAGAUCAUAAGGUCUCUUAAUGUAACGUAAAGAGCAUUGCAAACAAUAGCAGCCAUCUGCUUUGGCAGAACCAGAAAGUAUCUACCCUUGGAUGGCCUGGCAAAAGUGCUCAAAAGUUUUAUUCAGUAACAAAAAACUAGAACCCCACACACACUUCAGACAUUAUAAUGUUCCUGUAUUUUAGUUUCAUUAGCUUAUUUAACCAUGAGGUAGUAACUAGCCUUCGUUAGUGUCGUUUUCAAAAACAGAUUAUCUCCUGAAGCUUAGGUGUGUUCCCAAUUAAACUCUUAUCUGUUCUCAUUGUUCUGAAUGUGAAAUUACAUACUCUGUGUUUGCAGCUCUAGGAUGUUUACAAAGACAUUAAUGCAGAUAAAUAUCCAGUUACCUUUGCCUGGCUUUGUUUAACAGAAAGAUGAUCUGAGAAUCCUGUGCAAGGUCUAUGUUUAAAAAAAAAUGACUUGUAGACUUGACUUCAUGUUUUUAUCACAGGGUUUGUGUACUGCUGUGAUGUUUUGUCAUUACCUUUUCUCCGCACAGGCUUCAAAGUUAUGCUGAGGGUAAGGGAUGGUAUUCUCCAGUAUAGAUCAGAUAUAUUAUUAUGCCAAAUGUUGUCUAUUAUUCUCUACAAAUCUAGAUCUUUUAGUCUCAUGUAUGGAGUACAGGCAUGGGAAUGAGAUGUGUUGCACAGCUGGAAUUUUUGAUGAAAUAAAGAAUUAAGGAAGGUGA